GACUCUGUCACUACCAAAUGUGACGACGGCGCCAAUAUCUAUCGAUAGUCAGUUAUUCUACCAGUGCAGCAUGUUGAGUACGAUCAAUACUAACGUCUUGAUAGUGAGAGAUCCUCGGGUCGGGUCCUAGAUUCUGUCACUACCAAACGCGAUGACGAUUCCAUCAUCCCGAAGUUGUACCCAUCCUCAGCUAUCCUGCUCGUGUAGCGUGUUAUGUGCAAUUAAUACCAACGUCUUGACAUCAAGAGAUCCCAGACCUUGCCCGCUGGAGAUACACAGGAUACUGCCGGCAACAACAACCAGGGCAUGGUUAAUGACACCAGACAUUCAGGGAUCGACACGGCAUGGGCCUUGGAGUUGGAGGGCACUAGCAACAACAGCACCAAGUGUCAAGUCUCCAGUGAAGUCCAUCGUUAUUCCGAAGGAGGACGGAGCCAUAGAGGGCACUACUAAGCGUCUAGUAGAAUCCAACGGAAACCUCGUCUCAUAUUUCUGGUAUAUGUUGUUUGUAUAUAUACUCGGUAACUGUCACUAUACGACUAAACGACUGCUUGUUCGGUAUACAAAGUCUACUUAUUGUAUAUCUCGCAACACGCCUUAGGGCACUUGGCCAAGGCAAGCUUGCUCUUGUUUUACGCCUAUGACGCCCUGAGCGAGGGUGAUCGUCGAUGAAGCUUGGGUGUAGUACGUUCUCUGUUCAAUUAAAAGCCGUAGCUAAACACCGGACAAUCUAGACAUGUCUAUUACCUCUCGUGGGCCGUGGCCUUUGCCGUCGUGCAUAAGCGCGUUGGUGUGGAUGAUACGCGUCGCCAUCUCGCUAGCAUGAGCCCCUGGCAUAAGUGAGGUAGAGUCCUCAAAGCCUUGUG